AAACGACUCACUAGUGUAUGUCGCAAUGUUUUCUUUGCACACGAACCUCAGAUCUGUUUUGACAACACACACACACGAUAACAACUUAAUUUUAUUGUUAAACUGAGAGUUGAUUAUCUAUCAUGGCUCAACCACCUCCACCAUAUCCAGGAAAUGAACAGAAAGGAUAUCCUCCUCCACAGAACCCAGCCUAUCCCCCACAACAACAAGGGUAUGGAGCUCCUCCAGGGUAUGGACAACCACAACAAGGUUAUGGACAACCACAACAAGGUUAUACAGGAAACACGACCGUAGUAGUUGCUCAACCCCAAGUGUCUGUGAUACAACAGUUCCGCGAAGCACCAGUUCGUACUCAAUGUCCCCACUGUCGAGCUGACGUUGUGACAGCCACUCGGUAUGAGAUUGGAACUCUGACAUGGAUCGUCUGUUUGGUACUUUGCUUAGUUGGAUGUGAUUUGGGAUGUUGCUUUAUACCAUUCUGUGUCGAUGGAUGCAAAGAUGUAAUCCAUAGUUGUCCUAAUUGUCAACAAACCAUUUCUCGUUAUAGCCGAAUGUAAUGGUGUUGCUGCCAUGGUUUGAUGAUCAGAUUCCAGACUAUAGUCCCUAUAAACUUACUAACUUUUUUUACUUUUAAUUUUACGAUUUUAUCUUUUUUUUUUAUCUUUUUUUUAAUUAAUGUUUGAUGUGAUACAUAAUUUGUUGAAUAUAUACGUAUCUUAUAUGUUGAAAGAUAUUAACUACCGGUAUGUAGCAUACUUAAACUAUCAGGUUAGAUUUAUCGAAAUGGAAAAUUUGAUUAAAUUGGCAUUAUGUAAGAUUUAGAUAAAGAGUUGGCCGUUCUCACUAUAAUAUUUCAAAAAUAGAUAAUGCAAAAUGAAUAUAUUGAACAUUUCAUUCAAAUUACAUUAUUUUGAGCAAAGUUAUCAAUGGUUGUAGUUUUGACAAGAUAUGUGCCUUGAUUGUAAUAACCAUACUGGUCAUUCGAGUCUUAGUCUCGCUUUUCCAUUUGUAAAUUAAAUCAUUAUGUGUCUGAACUGUUCUAAUCGACUUAAAAUAAGAGCCAUCUGAUGGCAUCGACAUCAAGAGUUGAUUAUGGUCCUGUCAUGUUAAUAAAUGUCUAAUUAAUAGUUUAUAUAACAUUUAAGGCCUAAAGAACAAACUGCAAUAGGCCGAAUUAUCUCUUACAUAAUGCCUGUUUAAUCAAGUUGUUGCAUGGAAUGUAAUAUUUUAUGCAUACAAUGAACCACUGCGAGUUCAAGAAGAAAUUUACUUAAAAAUACAAAGGAUAAUAAUCUGAUGUUUAAUAAUUCUUGCCAUGAUUUUCUUUUUACAUGACAAUUUUUUUUUAAAUUUAAUAUGUCACAUUUAUUUUCUGUAUGAAAGUCUACUUUUGGAAAAAUGCCAUUUUUGACAAUAUCUUUUAUUGAUUUCGUUAUUUGCUACGGAACAGGAGUUAAUGAAGUCAUUCCUAUUUAAUUUAAAUUUAAAUCCAUCAAAAGGAAAAUAGGAUAUAUUUUUAUAAGACGACCAAAGAUUAAAUCAUAUUUUUUACAACUUUUGUGUAAAAUCAAGUUAUUGGUAGUUUUGUCCAUGGCCAUUCCACUGAAAUUGCUGUUUAUAGGCAACUGUUUGCUCUUCAACUAAAUAACACUGUAUGCUUCGCUUAAUGUUUUUUUUAUAUAUAUACUGCUUACAUAAUCCAUAUGUUUUUAAAAAGUCAAUACGCCAAAUAGUUCUUUUGAUUACCAGUUAUCGUUAUUAUAUAACUUUUAAAAUAUGUAUUUUAGUGAUAUGUUUGUUUUUUUAAUGUCAUAUCAAUCAAAAUAAUUUCUUUUGACACAUCCACAUGUUAAUGUGGUUGUAUAUUGUCAUCACAGUUGGUGUCUAUCUGUCUGUCUGCUGAUAUUUCAAUUAUUUGUUAGGUAUUGCCCAUAUCAUGGAAACUUUCUAGUUAAAGAUUUAUUUAGACUUCCUGGGUUUGUUCAACUAUUUAUAGAUAGAAAUGUGAAUAGCAAUAUGGAUAAAUCCUUAUUUAAUGUAGCUCCAUGCAUCAAUUAUUUGCAGAAUUAUUAACCUUUCUAUGUCAUAGUUUUUGAAAAAAGAAUAUUCAAACUUGUUACCGGUAGGUUCGUUUGACUAGUAAUAAGGAUGAGCCAUAUCAUUUAGGUUGUUGUUUGACUAGUAAUAAGGAUGAACCAUAUCAGGUUCAUUGUUUGACUAGUAAUAAGGAUGGACCAUAUCAGUUAGUGUCGUUUGACUAGUAAUAAGGAUGAACCAUAUCAGUUAGGUUCGUUUGACUAGUAAUAAGGAUGAACCAUAUCAGAAUUAAAUUUAGAUAACAUAAAUUAUUUGAUUUGAUUUUUUUAUAUUGCUGUGAUUGUUUAUUAGAUAGCCCAAACCAUAUUGAAAUAUAAAGUGGCAAGUAUAAUUAUUUCACUAAAUUUGCUGACUACAUUUUGUAGCGCCUGCCAUUUCUUUUCAGCCCUUUCUUAAUCCAAAUACUUAACUGCUUGUAAAUGACUUGGCUGCUGUUGAGCAUAUGUUUCAUUGCUUAUUAAAUUUUUAACAUUUUCAAAUUUUAGCAUCUGAUCAGUAUUAAACAUUCUUUAUAUCUACAAUUUCAUAAUAAGUUUGUUUUUUUUUUACAUGCCCACAUUGAUUUGUUUGUGGUAGCUAAUUGUUGUUGCCCCAGCCCCCAUCCGUCGACCAUCCACAAUGUCUUGUGAAUACAUACAGAUUACAGUGAAUUUAGUAUUUUGUACAAUCUAUAACAGUUAUUGCUUGAUAUUUAUAUGCGUUGCUCAUAUUAUCAAAACAAAGAAUUCUAUCUCCACCUCGUGGGUUUUCUCCGGGUCCUCCGGUUUCCUCCGACAUCCACUGUGUCGAGUGGAUGUUAAACCCCAUUUCUCUCUCCUCUCUCUCUCUCUCUCUCUCUCUCUCUCUUAAUUAUAUCAAGGGUAUUGUCAAAGAUUCACAACCUGACAACCGUUGUGGACGACUUUGCUGCUGUGGGUGUAUAUUCUGUUGCUUACCAACCUAUCUUUUUUUAUAAUAUAAUAUAUAAUAAUGUUAAUCAUAAUUCCAUGUAUAAAUAAAGAAAGUUUUCAAAUUUU